CUGUCUCAUGGAUGUUUUUCACUGCUUGUGUUCUUCCAGCAGGAUUAAAUCAUUCCUCCUGCCAGCGAUUCCCAAACCGUGCAUCCCAGGACUUGAACCCGCUCUGCUGAAGAAGGGGAAUAUUGACGAGAUCAAUCAGCAUUUCUCCAGUUUUCACUGCUACAAGUCGCCACAGUACUGCACGGAAACGUGGUACCAGGUAAACGUGGACACGAGUCCAGCUGUGACACCCAGUGUCCAGUCUGACGGUAUACAGGAGGAUGUGCUGAUCAAGACAAUCACACCGAUUGUGCCGAUCGGGCCAAUCACGCAGUACGUCACCUGCCCUGAUGGACAACAGUCUGUUCAGACUAACAGCACUCCUGCACCUUACUGCCACGGCUCCACCCCCUACUGUGAGGAAGACACGCCCCCUGCAGACCCUGGCCCUGCCCACCCGGCGCUCAUGUCUGUCCCAGGCAUGGACUACAGCAUGAUUCUAAGCCCCGUCCCCUACUGUGAGGAAGACACGCCCCCUCCAGACCUUGGCCCUGCCCACCCAGUGCUCAAGUCUGUUCCAGGAAUGGACUACAGCAUGAUUGUAAGCCCCACCCCCUACUGUGAGGAAGACAUGCCCCCUGCUGACCCUGGCCCUGCCCACCCAGCGCUCAUGUCUGUCCCAGGCAUGGACUACAGCAUGAUUGUAAGCCCCACCCCCUACUGUGAGGAAGACAUGCCCCCUGAUGACCCUGGCCCUGCCCACCCGGUGCUCAUGUCUGUCCCAGGCAUGGACUACAGCAUGAUUCUAAGCCCCGUCCCCUACCGUGAGGAAGAUACGCCCCCUCCAGACCUUGGCCCCGCCCAACCAGAGCUCACGUCUGUCCCAGGCAUGGACUACAGCAUGAUCCUAAGCCCCGCCCCCGUGGCGCCGCCCACUCAAGACUUCUACAUGUGUGUGAAUGGCGUGACGCCCGCCGGCACACUACAUCUGGUGCCCUACCUGCAGCUCAACGAGGGAGCGGACUACAAAGCAGACAAGAACAGCCAGCUGGCAGCGCUGCUGGAGAAGCAGAUGGAGGCGCUGUUGAGCAGGAUAGAGUCGAACCCAAGCGAAGCUGUCAUGCCUUCACAACCUCAUUCACCAGACAGGAUCUGCAGAAGCAUCUAAUAACACACACAGACACGAGCAGCGUAUUAGGAGCAGUGCAGCAGGUGUUUAAGCGCUAAGUCUAGUUUAGCAGUGCUGCUCCUGCUUGAUUAAAGUGACAACGCAAUAAUAUGAACAUGAUUUUAAUCUGAUUCAUUGAGUUUAGUUUGGAAAAAUGUGUAGAUUUCAUAUUAUAGAAACUCAAGUAAUUUAUUUACCUACCAGUCAGAUGAAUUUUUCUUCUUCAUGUAAAUAAGAUUUCACAGGCAAUUAAUGACGUGUGAGAGAGAUUAUCGUGUACAGAAGAUCAGAUCACAGAUUUCAUGGAAAGAGCAGAAUGCCAGGUCAGACUAGAAAUAACUGAAAUGAGUAAAACACGUUUCUUUAAUGGACAGAUGGAAGAAUAGAGAGAGAAAGGGUCACUGCUUGAGAUCUCAGCAGGAAUCCAGUCACUUCUUAUCCAUGACCAGCACAUUUCAACUAAACUUCCUUCGAGUCUCGUCAGGAUAAACAUUUACUCUUAAUUCUAGAAACUCUUUUGUAACACGUGUAUAUGGUUUGCUCGUUGAGUGAGUGAUGAUGUAAUGUAUGUACAUCUAUGAUGAAGAUGAUGAGCCACACAACACAGUCCCAUUGAUGCAUCCUAGUUUAUACACUGAUCCUCAAACAUACGACAGUAAAGAAAGCGAAACAUUCACUGUGUUUAUAAGCAGUGUCACUGACGAGCUAAACUCAGUAGUUUGCUUAGUAGUUCAUGUUUUUUUAAUGAAAGACUCUGGAGUUUCUUUUUAAAGCAUAAGACACAAACCCCAAUAUGUUUUAGUAGGUUGAACUACUAUAAUCUUUCACAACAUUAAAAGUUGUUUGUUUGGACCAC